AUGGGAAUCAAAUUCCUUGAAGUAAUAAAACCGUUUUGCAGUAUAUUACCCGAAAUAGCGAAACCGGAGAGAAAGAUCCAAUUCAGAGAAAAAGUAUUAUGGACAGCAAUCACAUUAUUUAUUUUCUUAGUAUGCUGCCAGAUCCCAUUAUUCGGUAUAAUGUCAUCAGACAGUGCGGAUCCUUUCUACUGGAUCCGUGUGAUCCUGGCUUCGAAUAGAGGAACCCUUAUGGAACUUGGUAUCUCCCCAAUUGUCACAUCAGGUCUCAUCAUGCAGUUACUUGCUGGUGCAAAGAUUAUUGAAGUUGGUGAUACUCCUAAAGAUAGAGCAUUGUUUAAUGGAGCUCAAAAAUUAUUUGGUAUGGUAAUCACCGUGGGUCAAGCCAUUGUGUAUGUCAUGACUGGAAUGUAUGGAGAGCCUAGUGAAAUUGGAGCAGGAGUGUGUCUGCUCAUCAUCAUACAGCUGUUUGUUGCUGGUUUGAUUGUUCUACUGCUUGAUGAACUCUUACAAAAAGGAUAUGGUCUGGGAUCUGGUAUUUCUCUCUUCAUCGCUACUAACAUUUGUGAAACCAUUGUAUGGAAAGCAUUCUCUCCUGCUACCGUCAACACUGGUCGCGGCACAGAAUUCGAAGGGGCAGUCAUAGCCCUGUUCCACCUGCUGGCCACCCGCCCGGACAAGGUGCGCGCCCUCAGGGAGGCCUUCUACCGCCAGAACCUGCCCAACCUGAUGAACCUGCUCGCCACCGUGCUUGUGUUUGCUAUAGUCAUAUACUUCCAGGGCUUCAGAGUGGACCUACCAAUCAAGUCGGCUCGCUACCGCGGCCAGUACUCGUCGUACCCAAUCAAGCUGUUCUACACCUCCAACAUUCCUAUCAUCCUGCAGUCUGCCUUGGUUUCCAAUCUAUAUGUCAUUUCUCAGAUGUUAGCUGUCAAAUUUAGUGGUAAUUUCCUUGUGAAUCUCCUCGGUGUUUGGGCUGACGUGGGCGGCGGCGGUCCCGCCCGCGCCUAUCCCGUGGGAGGGCUGUGCUACUACUUCAGCCCCCCGGAAUCCCUGACACAUAUUGCUCACGACCCCUUGCAUGCGGUGCUAUACAUCAUCUUCAUGUUGGGCUCUUGUGCUUUCUUCUCUAAGACCUGGAUUGAUGUGUCCGGAUCAUCUGCUAAGGAUGUGGCGAAACAACUAAAAGAACAGCAGAUGGUAAUGCGUGGUCACAGAGACAACUCAAUGAUCCACGAACUGAACCGCUACAUCCCUACAGCAGCUGCCUUCGGAGGACUUUGUAUUGGAGCACUGUCCGUCUUAGCAGACUUCCUCGGGGCCAUAGGCUCUGGCACUGGUAUCUUACUCGCUGUCACCAUCAUUUACCAGUACUUCGAGAUAUUUGUCAAGGAACAAGCGGAGAUGGGUGGCAUGAGCACACUCUUAUUC